UACUUCUAUGAGUUCCUGUCUUUGCGCUCUUUGGAUAAAGGCAUAAUGGCUGAUCCAACUAUAAAUAUUCCUCUGCUUGGAACAGUUCCUCAUAAAGCAUCAGUUGUUCAGGUUGGAUUUCCUUGCCUUGGAAAACAAGAUGGGGUGGCUGCAUUUGAAGUGAACGUGAUCAUAAUGAAUUCAGAAGGCAAUAUUAUUCUCCAGACCCCUCAGAAUGCCAUCUUCUUUAAAACCUGUCAGCAAGCGGAGUGUCCAGGAGGAUGCAGAAACGGAGGGUUUUGCAACGAAAGACGUGUCUGUGAAUGUCCAGAUGGAUUCUAUGGGCCUCACUGUGAGAAAGCACUGUGUGCUCCUCGCUGCAUGAAUGGUGGGCUCUGCAUUACACCUGGACUCUGCAUCUGCCCCCCGGGCUUCUACGGCAUCAACUGCGACAAAGCAAACUGUACAACAACCUGUUUCAAUGGAGGAACAUGUUUCUAUCUGGGAAAAUGCAUUUGUCCUUCGGGCUAUGAAGGAGACCAGUGUGAAAUUAGUAAAUGUCAUCAGCCCUGUCGAAAUGGAGGCAAAUGUACUGGUAAGAAUAAAUGCAAGUGCUCCAAAGGCUACCAGGGAGACCUGUGUUCAAAGCCUGUCUGCGAACCCGGCUGCGGCCCCUAUGGCACCUGUGCUGAGCCCAGCAAAUGCCAGUGCAAAGAGGGCUGGCAUGGGAGACACUGCAACAAAAGGUACGGAGCCAGUGGUCUGAGUGCCCUGAGGCCAGCAGGCAGCAAGCAGAGGCAGCACACGCCUUCCCCCAAGAGGGCCGAGGAGAGGCCUGUUCCACCCGAAUCAAAUUAUAUCUGGUGAGCUCCAACAUCUGAAACAGUUCGUGUUACAGAAAGUUCAUAGCCUUCAUUAACCUCUCAUGGAUUGAAUGUUAAGACGCUGUUCGUUACAGUUGAGAUCACCAGCUGGAAUGUUAUUAGCUUCAUUAUAAACCACUGAGCUGAUAUUUACUGGUCCUUUUAAGUUUUAUAAAUACUCCUAUAGCAUGGUUAUAUAAGCUUCUUUCAGUGCUUUGGAUGGUGUUUUGUACUCCAGUUAUGUUUAAAUUUCCUUUUUUGUUUAUAUAGCUGCAAAUAUUUUCCAAAAAUUAAGUAACAAUAUUCAAGCAGAAAACCUUGUAGAUGCUAACCUGAAUCAUUUCAGACUACAGAUUUAAUUUGCCUAAGACAAAAGAAAGGUGUCUUUUACAUUUUUGCUGUUGUGUAUUUAGACUUUCCCCUAUGAAAAAUAAAUAAAAUAAAUAAUUUACCUAAUUUAAGAACUAGAUAACCCAACUAAAUGUUACUUUUGGCUUUACAAUUUUGAAAACUACUGUGUAUUAAAAAUACACUAUGGUGGUUACAUUUAAGCAACAUAAUAUAUUGUAAACAAAGGUAGAACUGUAAUGUAUGAUCUUUCCGCAUCAGCUUGAAGCAAUAUAAUAUAUUGUAAACAAAACAGCUCUUAUGUAAUAAACUUUUUAUACUGAGGUUAUGUAUAAAAUAAAGAUGUUGCUUUAGUUUUUUGA